UUUUAUUUGUAAUUUGUAAAUCAGUGCGAUAUUUUUAUAAGAGUUCUUAAUUUGUUACCUUUAAAUCCUGUUAUAAAUCAACAGCAUGAAUCAAAUGAACUUGCAUGUUCCUUUAAACCCAGUGGGAGCGGCUCCUAACGUCGGAGUCGGUGUCGGUAUGCCAAUGCCAGUAGGUGGUGCUAUCAUGCAGCAACCUUCCCCUCAACAUGCUCAGCAAAUGCAGCCGGCAAUGGCACAGCCGCCUCAGCAAGAUAAAAUGGACAAUAUUUCUAAAGUCAAGACGCUCAUGAGCUCUCUGCGUGAGUCUAUACCUAUGACUCUUAAAUCAGCAGCACAAAUUUUGCAUCAGAAUCACAAUAUUGAUUCCAAUUCACAGAAAGGUAUAGACGCUCCAGUGCCGCGAUUUGAUAAGAAUUUGGAAGAAUUCUUUAGCCUUUGUGAUCAAAUGGAGUUGCAUUUGCGUACGGCGAUAACGUGCAUCGAGCAGCAGCAGUCGGCGGCGCACUACCUGCCGUCUCCCGUGCACCCCGUGCGCCUCGACUCCGGGCCCAGCGCGGAGAGCACACUAAGCUACCCCCAAUACCUGAACACGGUGCGGCUGCAGAUCUCGUACGCCAAGGACAUCCACGACACACUGGUCGCCGCCGCACAGACCGAGUGGCUCAAGAAGAACUAGCUUUAUACCCUGCACCACUAGCAAACAUGUUUUUGAGAUCAUUUUGAAUAAGUAAGGUCAUAAAUUUUUUAACAGUAUAGACCUC